AUGUGCUUAGAUUUGUUCAUAUUGUUGUGUUCCUUCGUUUUUACUGAUGCAAAACACUUCAAUGGAGGAACUAUUGGAUGGGCUCCUAUUAAUCCUUAUGAUAAUUCCAGUUCAGUUAAAAUUUCUAUUACACAGUCUUAUUCAUGGACAUAUCCAUAUAUAAAAUGUCUCAACAAUGUGCCGAGCUCGACCAGUGGAUUUAGUAGUGCCAACACUAAUCUGACUUGUGUAGUUGAUUGUUCAACUGAUGGUGGUUAUUUUAAUGCUCCAAUUGAUAUUCUCACCGAUUGUACAUCAGCUAGUUCAUCAAUGAACAUGCUAACAAGUGAACGAUCAAAAAAUAUUAGUCUAUCUACUGAUGCACAUUUUUAUCUAGCUUAUAGAGGAAGUGCUUGGGUAGCAUUAAAUUAUCCUAGUCAACACGGUCUUGACUGGUGUAUUGUAACACACAUUGAUCUUCGUAAACGAUCAGAUGGUUUCAUUAAUACUCCACCUGUUGCCAAAGUUGUUUCUCCACAAUAUGUGAUUGUCAAUAAGACAACACAAAUAAAUAUACCUGUUUCGGAUGCCAAUGCUGGUGAUGAUGUACGUUGUCGAUGGUCGACGUACACAACUGGAUAUCGAAGACGGAAACGAUCUAACACGAAAGAACAUAACAAGCAGCGAUCUGAUGUUCAUUUUUACAGCGAAGUAACUAAUGAUAGAGAAUCCAUUCAUAUUAGAAACAGAAGAACACAUUGUACUAACUGUACUACGUUAUGUAUCAGUGGUUGUCCUUGCAUCUGUUCUACUUGUGAUUCCACAUGCACUGGUUCGACAUGUAAUAUAAGUGCAGGUUGCUAUACGACAGUUGCAACAACCACAAUCAAUACAACUACUACAGAAACUCCAGGAACACCUAAAUCGACUUCGACGUUUCCAAUUCGUCAAGCAGUUGACGAAUGUGCUGAUAUUUGUUAUCCAAAUGGUGUGCCUAAUGAUACAACUUUGUCCGAUUGCACGAUCACAUUCACAGGCACCAAGGCUGGUGUCUGGUAUGCAGUUGCUAUUCAGGUUGAAGAUUUCAUUGAUACCACAAGUAUGACACCAAUGAGUUCUGUACCAGUUCAAUUUUUGAUUUAUGUUCAAUCACAACCAGCUUGUUCAAUAGACCCUAUCAUUUUCCCUCUAGAUCGUUGUUUAGAAGUACAAGUUGGUGUCUCAAUAAGCUUUAAUCUAUCUGCAAUGAAUUUAUGCAAUGCAAGUGUGGCUACACUUACUGAUAUUAGUGUUUCAAGUGGAAUUACUGGUAUGAAUCGUGGUAAUCUUACACGUUUAUCAACAAAUUCAUCGAUCUACUAUGUUCGGUUUACUUGGACGCCACAGACAAAUCAAGUUGGAUUGCAACAAUUAUGUACAAUUGCAUCUACAAGGUAA